UCAAAGCAAAACCUUGUGGUUCUCAUUCACUUAACUACAUUCUGAGCAUAACCCUCCUAUGGAAAAUCAUUCAGUGAUCCCGGGGCACUAAUUUCGUACAACUUGUCUAUAUAAACACACCAAGCUCUUUGCGAAAACCUUCCACCCAUCAUCAAAGCAACCAAAUUCAUGAAACUAAAAAUGCUGCAAAUUUUCUUCCUCUUCUCUCUCUUACUGUUCUCCUCCUCUCAUGCCUUAGACUUUUGUGUCGCGGACCUAAAGGGUCCUAUCGGCCCUUCAGGGUACUCCUGCAAAAUCCCUGCUAAAGUCACGGUCGAGGAUUUCGUGUUUUCACUAGGAAAGGCUGGAAACACUUCAAACAUCAUCAAAGCCGCAGUCACUCCAGCAUUUGCCGCCCAGUUUCCGGGUGUCAAUGGGCUUGGUAUCUCCAUGGCACGGUUAGACCUAGCCCCAGGUGGCGUCAUCCCAAUGCAUACACACCCGGGUGCAUCGGAACUCCUACUUGUAGUGCAGGGUUCUAUCCUUGCCGGAUUCAUUUCCUCUGAUAAUUCUGUUUAUUUGAAGACACUCAAAAAGGGUGAUAUCAUGGUUUUCCCUCAAGGGUUGUUGCAUUUUCAAAUAAAUGCUAAAGGAAAAACCGCGAUUGCUUUUCCGAGUUUUAGUAGUCCCGAUCCUGGGCUCCAAAUCCUUGAUUUUGCAUUGUUCGCAAAUAACCUGCCUUCUGUUAUUGUGGAGAAGACUACUUUCCUUGAUGAUGCUACUGUGAAGGCUCUCAAGGCUGUUCUUGGUGGUACCGGCUAACUUGUAUUGCCAAGGAAACUGGUUUUUUUUUUGGGUCUUGAACUUCAUUGUUAGUGUGCUUUAAUUCCAGUUGCUUUUAUGUAAUUGAGUUCAUUGAGCUAAUGACUCUUCUGAUUAUUGAAAUGUUGUGAAAUUUUUUGUUCAAA